UUCUUGGAUGAAUAAGAACCCCUUAAUUUUAAUUUAUUGUAUUUAGAAUAGUUUGAAUUUUGUUGAAUCUACAGCUUGCUGUCUGCUUUAUAGUCACAAAUCUCGACAAUUUAAUAUCUAUUCGUAAUGUCUAUCUCUAAGAAGGGCAAAAGCUGGUUUAAGCCAUUAAUGGAGUUUGAUGACGAGCCUCCUAAAAAGAAAUCUCCUGAAAGAAUCACUGACACUAAAGAAAAUGCAGCCAGCCCACAAAAAGCAGGCAGCAAACUCUUGAACAUAAAUCACAAAAAUUGGAUGAAAAACUUUGAUCCAGUAAAAGUAGAAGAUUUAGCCGUGCAUACCAAAAAAGUACAAGAAGUGGAGCAAUGGAUGCAGUCUAUGUCGGACGCCUGCCGCGGAGACAUGUUGCUCCUCACUGGCCCUGUGGGCUGCGGGAAAACUGUAACUGUUGAGACUCUGGCAGCUAAAUAUAAUUUUAAAGUAACUGAAUGGAUAACACCACUUGAUAUUGAUAUGCCAACUGAGUAUGGUGAUUAUGAAUUUCGUGAAAAGCAAUCAACAAAGUUCCGUGACUUCAUAAUUAAUGCAGCAAAUUUUACAUCCUUGUUGGACAAUAAUAGUAAAAAGCUGGUUUUGGUGGAAGAUUUUCCAAAUACUUUUACAAGAACUCCCUCAGAAUUUUCUGAUGUAUUAGAGCAGUACAAAAAUAGAGCUAAAUCUCCAAUAGUGUUCAUAUGUUCUGAAUUGCACAGUGAUAACAAAAAUAGUGUGCUAAAUCUUUUUUCUCCCCAAUUAAAGGAGAAAUUCAACAUACAACACAUAUCUUUCAACAGUGUAUCACCAACUGGUCUUAAAUCGGCCCUGAAGAGAGUAUCAGAGAUCAUUAGCAAGAAGUACAGUUCAGUGUACACCACGCCAGGAGCUGACCUCAUUGACUGCGUCAUCAACUCGUCUGCGGGGGAUGUCCGAUCAGCUGUUCUAAAUUUGCAUUUUGCGUGCCUUAAAGGUUCAAAUUCAUCAUUAGAAAAGAGUCAGUUCCUUGAAAAAGAAAACAAAAGUAAAGCCACAAAGAAAAAGAAAUCAUCAAACAAGUUCACAUCCCUGGGAAAGGACCAGACUGUCAGCAUUCUUCAUGGUGUAGGAAGGGUUUUAAACCCGAAAGUGAUCCAAGACGGAGAGAAGCAGAGGUUGAGCCACGCUCCGGCGGAAGUGAUAGAGCAGUUCCUGAGUCAGCCGUCGUCGUUCGUGAAUUUCUUGCAUGAGAACUAUUUGCCUCACUUCUCGUGCGUGGACCACGCGCAGCGAGCCGCCGCCGCACUCAGCGACGCCGACUACAUGCUCUCGGAGUGGAGGGAACGGGUCUGCCAGGAAUUUGGGCUGUACAUUGCCACCGCAGGACUAAUGCUUUCUAAUAAAGCUCCUGUGUCUGCGUGGAACCCGGUUCGAGGACCAAAGAAUAUGAAAAUACAGUACCCGUCCAUUACAGAUAUACCGCUAUUAGAUCCUGAUUAUUUGUACAAAGGAAAAGUACUAGUUACAGAUUAUAAGACUUUGUGUAAUAUUAUCAACAAGUGCUAAACGUUAUUUAUUAAUGAAUAAAAAAAUAUGUUUCAAAUUAAA